AUGGUAAACCCGAUUAAAAGCAUGGCAUGUCGACAUGUUCAAAAUAUGGUUCAGAGUGUCUCUAAAUGUUCUGGAAACGAGGCUCCUUAUUCACCUGUCAUAGACACUAACUCUGAUUCGGCCUCUAGCUCCGUUAACACAUCUAAGAGCUGUAAAAUUUCAGGACAACCAGAGAAAAAAACCGAAUGUCACUCAGAAUCAGAUGAAAGAUGUCAUAGCAAAAAUUGUCUUGCGCCUAACAUAUCUAGUCCCUGUGCUUUCCAUUGCGAAGAAGAUCAGCAGUUACCUAUUAAGUGUGCACAAUCAAAAAAGAUUUCACAUGAAGACUUAGACGAUCGCCAGUCUCCGAAUGACUAUCUUUGGCAGAAGUUGGAAGCGUUGAUUGACCAGAUGAUCUCAGAGGAGGAUGGGAUUCCCGUCCGCAAUGUGAAAAGUCUUAUGUCCGUUAUUCCCAGUACAUUCACAGGUAGUGAUAUCGUUCACUGGUUGAUGGAACACACUGGUGCUAGCGAUGUUACUGAAGCAGUUCAUCUUGCUAGCCGUAUUGCGUCUAUGGGCUACAUUUUUUGCAUUGACGACCAUGUGCUGACAGUUAAAAAUGAUGGGCAUACUUAUUACAGAUUUCAAACACCUUUUCUUUACCCAAGUCGAUGCAUGGAAGCAGAUACUGCAGAUUAUGCUGUAUACUUGUGUAAACGCACUAUGCAAAAUAAACAAAGACUAGAGUUAGCCGGAUUCGAAGCUGAACGUUUGGCUAGUUUACAGAAUAUUUACUGUCACAAAUGGGAAUUUAUUUAUAUACAAGUAAGUAGUGAUAUCGUUCACUGGUUGAUGGAACACACUGGUGCUAGCGAUGUUACUGAAGCAGUUCAUCUUGCUAGCCGUAUUGCGUCUAUGGGCUACAUUUUUUGCAUUGACGACCAUGUGCUGACAGUUAAAAAUGAUGGGCAUACUUAUUACAGAUUUCAAACACCUUUUCUUUACCCAAGUCGAUGCAUGGAAGCAGAUACUGCAGAUUAUGCUGUAUACUUGUGUAAACGCACUAUGCAAAAUAAACAAAGACUAGAGUUAGCCGGAUUCGAAGCUGAACGUUUGGCUAGUUUACAGAAUAUUUACUGUCACAAAUGGGAAUUUAUUUAUAUACAAGCUGAAGCAGAAGCUAAAGUAGAUAAGAAAAGAGAUAAACUGGAGAGAUUGGUCCUUGAGUCACAAGAAAGAGCUUAUUGGGAUUUACAUCGGCCUCCACCAGGUUGUAUCAACACAACUGACAUUGAUAUGCGUAAAUUAUGUCGUGCUAAACGUCCUAAAAAGACUCCAUCACGACCUGUGAAUUUCCCUAUUCCAAGUGGUCCAGGUCAGUUUGUUGCACAAGUGUUUAAUUAG